AUAGGUGGGAGACCAGUCAAGGAUAAACAGCCACACUGUUGACCAAACCUCAAUGGACCCAGGACAGACCCAUGCGGACACAGACGAGGCCCCCUCUCACAUGUCUACCUCAGACUCGGAGGGUGAGGCUGUCUCAGAUUUAUUUGGUCGGGAUGAAUUGGAUGAGAACACCUUUAGCACAUCUUCUGAAGAUACAGAUGCAACCGAUAGUGAAAGUGAGGUUCAAACGCCAACAGAUGAUCCACUUCACAAAAUUGGCACAGACACAGGGAUGGACACAGUUCUCAAAUCAACAGGCUCCAUCACAAAGGCAGAGGCUCUGCUGCUGAUAAUGACUCAUGCUGCUGUACAUAAUAUUACUGGCUGUCAACUAGAUGACUUGCUGAGACUGAUUAAUUUCCUUUUUGGUAAUGAUGUAGUCCCAGGGUCCAAACAUUUGUUUAAUAAGGUAUUCAAGAACAACUCGGAGAUAGUUGAGUUUCAUCUUUACUGUCGAGCCUGCAAAUGUCACAUUGGAACACAAAAACUAGUUACUGACCAGAACAUCACACAAUGUCCAUCCUGUAAUGAAACAGUUGAGAUCACUUCUUUAAAUAAUGGUAGCUUCUUUAUCAAUGUGCCAGUUGCACCACAGAUUCAGAACCUUCUGGAAAAUCCAGAAAUUCAGAAGCACCUCAGCUAUCGAUUUGACAGACCACACAGUGUUGAGAAUGUUAUCUCAGACAUCUUUGAUGGAGUUAUGUAUGAAAAGUUGUCACAACCUGGUGGGAUUCUUUCAAAUCCUAACAAUUUUUCAUACAAUUUUAAUUCUGAUGGGUCCCCUGUUUACAAAUCUUCAAAAUUCUCUAUAUGGCCUAUACAGCUACACUUGAAUGAACUGCCCCCUAAAAUGAGAUUUAAGCAUGUAAUCCUUGCUGGCCUGUGGUUUGGAACUCAUGAGCCAUCUAUGCAAGUCUACCUGAAGCCAUUUACAGAACAAGCAAAGUCACUCAGUUCUAAAGGUGUCUUGUGGAGAAAAAAUGGUGUUCAAGUAAAUAGCAAAAUUGUUGGCAUCUGCUGCUGUGUAGACUCCAAAGCAAGACCUACAAUACAGAACACCACUCAAUUUAAUGGUUAUUACGGGUGUGGCUUCUGUCUUCAUCCCGGUGUUUUAGUUGAAAACAGGUUAAGUACACUGUGUCAGCUUCAGGACAUGAUGACAGAGAUUCAAAGUCUAUGA